AUGGCUCGCUUCAUCCUUCUGUGCAUCGCCCUCACGUUUGCUGGCGCCUCCUCGGCAAGCCGCUACAACGAACUGUACAACUGGGUCAGCGGAAAAGCCUCCCCAGGAUUCCCCCAACCCGACGACUCCGGACCCCUGGAUGUGGACAUGCGUCUGACCAAACUGGACAUCGUUGGUGUGGACAGUGCCAACAACCUGGUCACUUUGAUCGCCAGGAGAAGGGUUCUGUGGGCUGACCGUAGUCUGUCCUUCGAUGACUCUUUGUACAACGUGUCAUGUGUGUAUGCUGCGGCCACCAACAUCUGGACUCCUGACAGUACCUUCUACAACUCUGCUAGCCAGGAGCAGGUUUUGAACCGUGAGGUCAUCGUAUUUGCCGGAGGUGAGUUGCUGGAAAUUGAAAGAGUCCAGGUGACCAUCAACUGUAAUGUCAAAGGUGUGAACACCUACACUGGCGCCACCUGCCACCUCCAACUUGGCUCCUACGGUUUGGGAAAUGAGCUGUUCCGUCUGAGAGAGCCCAAGGACAACUGGACCUUCCAUCUGGAGUCGGCUUUCAACGGAGCCUCCCCCUACGAGCUUCUGUCUGGUGACGUCAGCAGAUCUGUGGAGCCCUACGCUUCCGGUGACCCCGAGCAGUUCUAUUACGAUGCCCUGACCUUCACCUUCAGCUUCAGAAGAAAGUAGGACGGUCAAUAAAUCUGGUGU